UCCUUCAGUCCCUGCCAACCCUUCUCACAGCCGGAGGAGAUGACAGGGGCCGAAUGCAACAACGUCGCUGCAUGUCUCAUUGUCAGGUAUCACAAGCUGAACAGAUUCAUCAGCCGAUAUUACAGCUAUGGACGACAUCAAGGUAACGAGUUCCACUACAACGACUCCCUGAGGACGCUCUCUGUCUCAUACUUUGCUCACGAGCAGCAGCCGCUCACAGUGGUGCAUUACCACUGCAACCCCAACCAGUCUGCUUCUUACAUCCAGGACCUGAGUCUGAGCGCAGAGGAGCCCCUGCAGAUCUGGGUGGAGAGUCCCUGUGCGUGUCCGAACGCCUGUGCCAUGGGAGAUCUGGGUGUGGGCACCAUCUUCCUCAUCAUCCUCUCCCUCAGUGCUGCUGCAUACUUCAUCCUUGGCUCCUGCGCUCUGAGGCCUUUCCGGAGCAGCAGUGGCGUUCAGAUCUCUCCGGAGCACAGCGUGUGGUGUAUGAUCUGCUACCUCUGCACCGAGAGAAGGCCGGCCAGAGGAGGACACUAUGCAGACAUGUCACACAGUGAAGGAUAAGCAUGCUGUAACGCUCUGGAACAUGACAGGAAGUCUCAGCGUGUCAAAUGUAUUGACCUGAAGGUGUGGUGUCCCACAGCGGGCCUGGAGUCAGGACGGUGUUAUUGUUUCACAGUCGGCUCAAAGUGACGGGCUCGGACUCUGUGAAGCAUUUUAACUUCAUAAGUUAGCAUCCAGUGACUUUGUUUGCUUGUUUUAAAGUCCAUGCAUCUGUUUAUUAAAGCUAGGGUUGGUAGUCUCGGAAAACCAGCA